UAAACAACAACAAUGGCAGCCACCAGCCAAGUUUUGACAGCUGUUUUACUUUUCCUUAUUUUCACAAAUAUAAAAGGGAAAUACAAACAGAUUGAAAUUGAAAUAGCAGGAAAGAACGAAAAUGAGCCUGCAAAGAUUUUCUCAGAAUCUGAACUCAGACAAUUCGAUGGAUCUGAUCCUGAUAAGCCUGUUUAUAUGGCAGUACGUGGUGUUGUUUUUGAUGUAACAGAAGGCAAAGAUUUUUAUGGAAAGGGAUCAGGUUAUAACCAGCUAGCAGGAAAAGAUGCUUCCUAUGCCAUAGCUGUGUGGUCAUUAGAAGAUAAAGAUAUGCAUCAUGAUAUAAGUUCAUUGUCAGAUAAUGAGUUAAAAGGAUUAGAUGAUGUAUUCUUAGGAACAUACAAGAAGAAAUAUCCUAUUGUUGGGUAUUUACAAUAUCUGAUGGAUAAACAUGCUGACAAGGUUUCUGAGAGAUUGAGUGGUGAAUUGUAAUGUCGGUUGUGAUUGGUUAUAAACAUGCUUACAAGGUUUCUGAGGGAUUAAGUUGUGAAUUGUAACAUUGAUUGUGAUUGGUUAUAAACAUGUGAUAAAACUGUUCAUAGCUUUAUGAAAUAUCUGGGAUUCUUUAUUUUCUUUUGAAUUUU